GGCUGCGGUCACUGGCUGGCGGCCAUGGUUGCAGAGGCUGUGGCUGGUUUCUGGCGUUCUUGUGUGGGCCAGCGUCCUGCUGUCCUGGGUGCCCUGGCCACGGGUCACUGUGCAUCUGGUCUCUCCUGAACAAGGAAGUGACUUCUCCUGGAGGGCAGAGACGGGGACACGGUGGGAGCAGAGGAGGGGCUGGGGGCCGUUCCAGUGAUUCUGAGCAGCCCUCUCCGGCCGAGCGAUGGCCAGCGCUGGGCAUCUGCUGCUGCUACUGCUCUGCUUGCUACCCGUGGCCCUGGUGCUGACAAUAAAGAAGUACCAGCAGCUGUCCCAUAAGCGCAUCGGAGAGCCCUGUGAGACGCACAAUGAAUGCCAGAGUGACUGCUGUGUCACCAACAGCCUGAACCCUCAGAAGUUCUGCACCGCCCAGACCGUAUUCCAGCAGUGCCUGUCCUGGAAGAAGCCAAAUGGGUACAUCUGCAAGGACCACUUGGAGUGCCAGAGCAAAUGCUGUGUCAUCAACAACUACAGUGUGCAGACGUACUGCAAAGCCAAGACCAUCUUCCUGCAGUGCUUGCCCUGGCGCAAGCCCAACUGGGACUACUGCGACUACCACAGCGAGUGCCGCAGCAAGUGCUGCAUCCGGCUGAACGAGCUCAGCCCCAACCGCUGCGUCCCCCAGAGCGGCAUCCUGCUCCAAUGCCUGCCCUGGUGACGUGGGUCCAGUCUGUGCCCUGGAGACCACCCUACACCCUGAGCCCUGAGUCUGUUCAUAGGACCAUGAAGACCUGCAGGUAUUACACGUCUAACCGAGACCAUCCAUAUCUGUGCAAGCCAGGGGCAGCUCCUGGAACCUCAAUGUGAUGACUUAGCAUGAAUAAACCUCCUGACUGAGUGAGCA